GCUUCUCGUCUCGAGCGGUUCUAUUUGUAGAAGCAAAAAAGGAGAAGAAGAAGAAGAAAAAGGAGAAGAAGAAGAAAGACGUCGCGUUAUUUCUGAGCGCUCCUGUCUCUUGUCACGGUUCGUCGCCGCCCCUCCGCGCUGAGCGUAAGAAGAAAAGAAACUCCCCCCAGUGUUUCCUCCCCUCUCUCGCUCUCGGCGGAGCGGCGGCUCUGGGCGCAGCGCCUGUGAAUGGCAGCGGGCGGCGGGUGUGAGGUUUCUGCCCAACACGCCGUCGUGGCGCCAUGUCGGUCAGUGGCGGCGAGGCAGAGACCCUCCAGAGAACCUGCGUUCACGUUGCCGUCUUUGGUUUGAUGGUCGCUCUCUGCGCUCCAAUCUCCACGAAUGUUUCUGCAGAAAAGUGCAGGCCAAGGAACAUCUCAGCCAAAUACCAACACUGUGGGAUCCAGCCAGAUGGAGUCCAUAAUCUAGACUGUUUCCGUAAGUACAAGAACGAUGAGAAGUGUACGUGGGAACCCGGAAAACACGGAUCGAAGAUCUACAUGUUCAUCUUGCAGCAAGCAGAAAAAUCUCUCUGUUACGUUUACUACAACAUAACCGAACCCAGUCGAAAGCUGAGCAUAUUCGAUCACAACUUCACGGUGGAGGUUAUUGAAAACGACGUGGGGAAGGCGAACUGCACAAAAGCAGUGUUUAGUGGCUCCAAAAAGACUCUGAAGCGGUCCUGCGGGCCUCCGAACCAAGUGCUGCUGACUCGCCCACCUGGAGCGCUGCAGGUGAACGUGACCUGGCCGAAAGGCGACGGAAAUAACAAGAUCUCCGUCAGAUACGCAGCGCUGGGCAGCCGAUCGUGGAACCAGACUGUCGAGUCUGAGCUUCCAAACACAGCCAUGGUGGAAAAGGUAACGCCCUCAUUGGUCUACGAAGUGCAGAUACAAUGUGUGACCACUGCUGAAUGCUCACGGUGUCCAUGGAGUAAAAACUACUACGUCCUGUCAGAGCUUACAACUCAACCCAUCAUUGUCAGCACCAAAUACGCUGAUGUUGCGUUGAAAACUGGCUGCCGGUUGAUUUCCGUAACCUGGAAGUUUCCUGUCAAAGAUCUGUUUGAUGGCUACCGGGUGACCGUUUGGAAAGAGUCCGGAGAGCCUUCACAGGAGCUGCUGACCACCUCGGAGCCGGAGAUCAGACUGAUCCUCUCCUACGCCGCGUACCGCCUCAACAUCAGCGCCUACAACAAUGCCAGCGUUUCCCCAGCUGCCACCCACGUCAUACCGGAGCACAGAGACGCCAACGGUUUAGGAGAUGGGAAGCUGAACGUGACGGUCCACAACAGCACGGCGUUCACGAUCCACUGGAGGUUCGAUCAGAUCAGUAGGUACGUCUGCUAUGUGGUGGAGUGGAUGAAAAAGGGACAUUCCGGAUGGUACCAGUCCUUCUUUGAGGACACCAAUGCCAGGAAGACCGUGUCCUCUCUGUCAGAACGUUUGGAGCCUUACUCAAGAUACAGAGUCGCUCUGCAUUUGCGACCCAACAAGAACACCUGCAACAUGAAGCAUGUCAACAACAGUGAGAGAACCUACGGGGCCACAGAGUUUUAUCUCACUGAAGGAUCUCCUGUCGGCGCCCCAGCAAACGUCAGCUUCCACAACGUGACGCUGAACUCAGCGCUGCUCCAGUGGUCUCAUAUCCCAGAGGAAGACUUGAGGGGCUUCCUGCUGGGUUACAUCAUCUACUACACUGAGCAUCACUACCAGGAGGCAAGCACAGUGCACAACAUAACAGUGGAUCCGGAUUCUACUAGCUUUCACAUGAAGGCCCUCAAAAGUGGAACGGCUUAUCAGGUCCAGAUAUCCGGCUUCACGUCAAAGGGCGAAGGAAUCCGAAGCCUCCCAAGCGUCUUUAAAACAGAUCAGAAAGUAAGUUUCAGCAUCCGGGGCGCAAUAACAGCCUUCAUAGUGGUGGCUUGUUUGCUGGUGUUUGGGUCUCCGGUGAUAAAAAGGGCGAAAGCCGUUCUGUGGCCAAGGGUGCCCAACCCUGGACACAGCGACGCAGUGCAGAAGAUAGAGAGUCCCGGACAGCUGAAACUCCUGGAGGCGUUAGCGACUCUAAAGGUAGUGGAGGAAUGGGACACGAAGAGUUUCCAGAUCCUAGAGAGGGAAGCCGCCGUCCCGCCUCAGACGUCGUCGAUGCUGCCGCACGUCAGGACCUGCGAGGACGACACUCUGGAAACGGCUCACGCCUGGAGCGAGAGGGACGAAGACAGCGCGACAGACGACGACGCAGCGGACACGCAGAGGACACACUUCCAAAGUGCACCUUUUACCCUUGCAGGUGGAUAUACGACGAUGGAAAUGUUCCAACAGCUCACUCCACAGUGGACGACGGAAGGUGGCUCACACACACGGAGCAUGGAAGGCGAACCAGAGGACUUGACUGUGUUAAAGUCUAUAAGAUUAGACUAUGUGAGACAGUUUAGCACCAGCCCACCGUCAGACAGUGAAUUUACACCAGCCCUGCUGUGAACUCCAGUUUGGUUGCCUUGAAAGUCUGGUUCGUUUGGGAAGGUCGUCUCUGAUCUGCCUACAAACCUGGGUCUCCGUUUGGUUUCAGUGAACUGUGGCGAAUUCAUAUGUGAACGCCAAGUGGACCUGAGACCGCUCCGAAAGCCGAGAGCGAACUAUAUCGCUGGGCAUUCUGGGUAAAUACCACCUACACAAAUGUGAGUCUUAGCGGGAGAAAUACCUUGUGGUCUUUUUACCAAAGACAGAGGAGGAAUCCGACAGCAGAAGAAAAAGAAGAACGUUGCGCUCAUGUCUUCUGUGGAGACUUUCCUGUCGUAGCGCCACCACAGGCGAGGAGGGGAACAGGUUUUUCAAAGGGUUUGGUUCGUUUGAGCCAAAAAAUGAACGCUGCAAUUUCGGUCCAACGGUCUACCUGUUGUAGUUUUCACCUGUUGCAGGACAAGUUUUUUUAAAGCCUUAUUUAGUAGAAAUGGCAUGUCAAGCUUGUAUUUAUGUGUACAACUCAACCAUGAAGUGAAUGACAUUAACUGCCAAAGUUGAUUGCAAAGGACAUUUUAUGCUUUAUAUUUGAGUGCGAGCAUAUCUAUUAUUAAAAAUAGUUUUCUGUA